GUGUACUAUAUGUUCUUCCUUCCUUGGUUACGGAUGUGCUUGCUUUCUCUUGUUGUCUAUGUCAAUUACCUAAUUUUCUGUUUUAUCCUUGUCUCUUCCAGGAAAUAUGGGUUAACUUUAGUGAUAGUCGGAAGGCAAAACGUGCUGUUUUGCUGGAAGAGUUUCAAACUUUUGAGGACAAGUCCAGCGCCAUUAAUGAAAGUACUGGUGUCAGCAAAAGGCUUAUUAAGAUGAUCAUGAACUGUCGCUUCCCUGAUCAGAAAAUGGCUGUUGGAAAGCUUGAAUAUAAAAAAAUUAUUGAAGAGAGACUGAAAAUAGAUUGCCUGUAUAAUACAACUGUAAUGGAGGUAAUGUGGGGCGUACAGCAUUGCAUGCGAAGUUUGGUGCCUGAGGAGAAAUCACAGCUGGCUGAAGCUGACCGUCUCCCGCUGAGUCUAGGACUACAAUAUGUACUGAGUCAUUAUGGCUGUGAUGUCGAAUCAGAUAUGGUCAGUGAGCAAAUCGUUGCCACGGCUUCUGCCUUGUUUCAGUGUGAUUCUGUUGAGAAGAAGUAUUCUAGAGCCUUGCGCAAUGCAGGUGAUCUCAUUAAGGAUGUAUCUGGCAUCAACUGUGAGGGUUGGACGUUACUAAAAAUUGCAAAAGCUCUGAAGAUGAUAUGGUGGCCUGAAUUUGGCGAUUCCUCUGAGGUUAUUACGCUGGUGGUGAUCCGGCAAACGUCUCCUGGCAAGCUUCGCAAAUUCCUGGUGGAUCACGUCAUUAUGGUGUAACAGACCACACAUGAUGGUCAAAUACAGCACAACAAGAACCUACAACUAUAAUGCACGCGGCGCUGACACAUCUACUGCGGGGAGCUCUGAGCGCACGGAAGAUGCGUUCCACCAGACAGCAGACAAACAUGCCGCAAACAAUUUCGAGUCAGAGUCGGGAAUGGCAAUCAUUCCAGCAAUGCCGGCAAGUACCCCUUUGAACACAAGCACUGGCAACUCUCAGGUAGAUGGGACUGCCGCCCAUACUGAAGUGAACGAUGAAACUGACGACGACGCGCAAGGGGAUGAAGAUGGUGGGCAAUCAGAGAUCGUGGUGCCUCAGCCACCGUACAUGGGGCAGAGAUUUGAGUCAUUCGAAGCAGCAAAGAAAUACUACCAGACAUAUGCAAAGUUCCAUGGGUUUGCGGUCAACACCGAGUACCGUAGGAAAAUUAAGAAAACUAACGAGUACAGCAGAGGUGAGAUGAGGUGACACAAGGCACGCAGGAACAGAAUGGGAAAGGCGAUGCGCCUGUCGUUCCGGAACGAAAGAGAGGUAUCAUUCAGAAGACUGAGUGCCCUGUCCGGUGUAAGCUAAACGUAGAUGGAGCACAGUGGGUGGUCAAUGAGUAUUUUGACGAGCACAACCACCAACUGACAAAGAAGUUCGACCUGGUGAAAUUUCUGACCGCCCACAGAGGGUUCACCUCCGUCAAAAGGCAAUUCGUAAAGCUGCUACAUGAUUGUAACGUCGGUCCAUCGAGAAUGGUGCAGAUACUAUCUCUCAUCCACAGCAAAAAGGGGACUCUGAGUAGCAUGCCGUACAUACCAGCUGACGUCACAAACCUACGGGCAAGGUACCGUAGAGAGAGCAAGUUGGCAGACAUAGAGGUCACAAUUGCCUACUUUGAUGAGAAAGCCAAAGAAGAUGCAGAUUUCUUUUACAGGAUAAGGUUGGACGAUGAGGACCGUGUCAGGAACAUGUAUUGAGUGGAUGGUGCUGCAAGGAGAGCCUACAAACAUUUCCGAGAUUGCAUUUCAUUCGACGCGACGUACCUCACCAACAUGUACAAGAUGCCGUGCGCUCCGUUCAUAGGGAUAAAUAACCACAAUCAGUCGUUGCAGUUCGGCUGCGGGCUCGUCCGGAACGAAGACAUGGUUGGGUACGUUUGGCUGUUCAAGACCUUCUUGGAGUGCAUGGAUAGACUUGCUCCGAUGAACAUAAUAACGGACCAGGAUUUCAGCAUGCGUGCAGGCAUAGAGGAGGUCUUUCCGUUGGCAGAGCGCAUGCACUGUAGGUGUCACAUUAUAAAGAAGGCUGAGGAGACGUUAGGACCGUUCUUUGCUGACCGUCCAGAGCUGCACAAGGCAUUCGAACUGUGCGUGGACCACAGCUUGACGGUGGAGGAGUUUGAAAGGAGCUGGAUGGCCAUGACUGAAACACAUCAAGUCCAAGACAACGAGACUCUUCUAAGCCUGUGGGAGAAGCGAAUGUACCGGGUGCCGGCCUACUUCAUGCAGUGCUUCUUCCCCUUUCUGCAGACUACGCAGCGCAGCGAGAGAUUAAUGCUGUUUUGAAGCGGUAUGUCAGUCCUGGCAACUUAUUGCUAUAGUUUGCCAAGCAGUACACAACUUUGCAAAACAAAAAUUCUGGAAUCUGAGCUGCAGCAAGAAGCGAACAUCGCGCUAAAGCAGUCAAAAUUGCUAACGUACUUAUCGAUGGAGAGGCAAAUGAGCAAGAUAUACACCAACAAGAUCUUUAACAAGUAAGUCAGUUGCGUUACAGUCUUAUUUACAGAAAAAGCACCAAGUUAGUAUGUGCCUUAUAGAGUGCGAUGCAGUUGCCAUGAUUUUGCGGUUGCCAUAUUUAAUAAAGUACUGUUUGCCAUGCUUACUCAGAUGCAGUUGUCAUAUUCAAUAGAAAUUCUGUUUGUCAUGCUUACCCGGAUGCAGUUUUAAUGUUCAAUGAAAUGCAGUUGCCAUGUUUAAUGCAAUGUACUUUCACUGGACAUGUUGGUGUGCAAAUGCUAGUGUCAAAUGGAAAAUGUUAUGUUGUUGCCAUGUCUAUUGAAAUGCAAUUGCCAUGUUUACUAAAAUGCAACUGCCAUGUUUGCUGAAAUGCAAUUGUCAUGUUUAAUAAACUCUAGUUGCCAUGUUUAACAAAAUGCAGUUGCCAUGUUUAAAUAAGAUGCAUCUGCCAUGUUUGUUGAAAAUGCAGUUGCCAUGUCUAUUGUACUGCAUUUGCCAUGUAUAGCGUACUGCAUUUGCCAUGUUCAACAUACUAUAUUUGCCAUGUUCAAUGAAUUACGUUUGCCAUGUUCAAACAAAAUGUAUAUCUAUUUUCCAUGACAACAUAAGGUGCUACAAGAAAAAAGCCCAUAAUAGUUUAACAGAAAACACACAAAAAAUGCAGAUUCCAGGAAGAAAUAAAGCGUGCCAGUAUGUUCACGGCUUUCCAGGUGGACGAACGUACGUUCAAGGUGUGUUCUAUUUUGGGCAUGUCAGAUUCAGAACCUGAAGACCCGGACAAAGGAAGGAACUACUUCGUCACAGCCUCGAUAGGCGAAGGCGAGUUCUACUGCCAAUGCUGCAAGUUCGAACGGGGCGGCAUUGUGUGCUGUCACAUACUAAAAGUAAUGGACGUGAACGCUAUGACACGGAUGCCCCGACAUUUCAUAAGGCGGCGAUGGACUUGGGACGCUGACGAUGCGUUGGCGCCGCAAACAACACACGCAGUUCUGGCUGUGCAUGAUGAGAGACCAGAGUCAACCAUGGAAGCCGUGAGGCACGUUGUGCUGACCAAGAACCAUACUGAGCUAAUUGAUGAAGCGUGCAAGAGUGAUGAUAUAGCGAGAGCCGCAGAAAAACACAGGAAAGCACUAAAAAGAGAGCUUGAUGAGAUCAAGAAGAGGAAAUCCGAGGAAGCCUUACACCGGUUCCCCCGCACAUCAAGCGUGCCUUCAUCCACGGGACCGUCGUCUGAAAACUCAAAGAUAGGAUCUGGAACAGCAAGCACACAGAUCCAGGUCAGGAACCCACCCCGUUCCAUCACAAAGGGUCAUCCAAGAGAGAUAAGGUAUAAGUCGGGAUUGGAGAUCCAAGCAAAACACAAGAAAACGAAGAAAGGGGCGGCCAAUCCAUGAGCAAAAAUUGUGGCGUUGUGGACAUUUUGUUUUGUACCCUAGAUGUUGAGAAUUCUUUUUUAAAACAAUUGGGGGAAUAACUCUUCAGGGGCAUCAGAAGUGCAAGGGAAAAUUCAUUGAAUGGUUAAAUGCAGUUGCCAUGUUAUGGGUACUUAAUCUGCCAUGAUGUAUGCAUUUAAUUUGCCAUGUUAUGUGUA